AUGACGUUGGGGCAAAUUCGUACCCUUAGCGCAAUCGCCCUUAGUUUCUGCGCAUUUUCGCUCGCCUUCCUCCCUCACACCGCACGCACUCCUCGCUGCGCCAUCACGCCACUCUUCUCUUGCGCGCGUCGCCCACCUCGCCUCACUGCGCGCUGCAUCGCGUCGCCCCAUCGCUGGGUCGUUGCCC